CGCCACGACGCAGCGCCUCUUCGUUGCGGUGCCCGUGUCCGCCACCGGGCCUUCGCCGGAAACCCUCGUCGUUGGAUGCCCGAUGAUGGCCUCCGCUUGCGUCAACAACGCUGCGCUGGCGCCGGACUCCCCCUUCCUCGAUUUCGCCCCGGCGUGCCCUGGCUACGGCUGGCUCAGUCCCAGGAUCUCCUUCAGUCGCGACCUCGCCGAUGGCGGCGCCGCCCCUACGGGCCUCGAUGUUGGGGACUCUGAUCUCGGUGCCCUGGUCUCGUCCGCCGCUGUUGUGACGGAGAGGCCCGAUCCGAAUGAGCCGGGCGUGGAUCUCCCCGACUUCGAGUUCCGUCCCGACGAUCCCGUCACCAUGCUGCCCGCCGAUGAGCUUUUCUCCGAUGGCAAAUUGGUUCCGCUUCAGAUCGCGGCAAAGCGGCACCAAGCGGAGCCGGCCGACGGGAUACGAUCGCCCGAGGCGGAGAGGCCUCGUCGGGUGGCGGAGGUCCUCGGAUUGGAGUCCUGCGCGCAGUCGCCCAAGGCGCCGAGGUGCUCGAGCCGUUGGAGAGAGCUACUUGGCUUCAAGACGCAGCAAAACCCUAAGCCGGAGGCCCAAAAGGCGGCGACGCUUACUUCCAAGAGUGUGAACCACAAUACCAGAUCGCUCCGCCAUCUCCUCCACCGCCUGUCGAAGCACUCCGCCGCGGACGCCUCCCUCGCCAUCCCACUCCUCCGAGAGUCGGACUUGGAGCCGGUGUCCAUCUCCUCUCGCCGUUCCCUCUCUUCCUCGUCCUCCUCCUCGGGCGCCGAUCACGACGAGCUUCCACGGCUCUCACUUGACGCGGAGAAGCCGGCCCAACGGUCGAUCUCGCUCAGUCGGGUUCCACACCGGGCGCGGCUCGCCCGGCCUAGGGUCGCAACUGCGGAAGGUCACCAGGCGGCGAGGACUGGGAGGAGCCCGCCCCGGCGUGGGGCGGAGCUGGCGCCGCCGAGGGGGGCGUCGGUGGACAGCCCGCGGAUGAACGCAUCGGGGAAGGUGGUGUUCCAGGGGCUCGAGCGGAGUUCGAGCAGUCCGGGCAGCUUCCACGGCCGAAGCACCUGGCACCACCACCAUCAGCACCGGGGGAAGCCGUAUCGCGCGAUCGAGCGAUCGUACUCGGCCAACGUCCGUGUCGCCCCGGUCCUCAACGUGCUCCCGGUCGGCUCGCUUCGGAUCUGCACGUCCAAACCCGGGUCGGUCUUCGGCUUGGCCCAGCUCUUCUCCCCCCACAAGAAAGAUAGGGACGCCUCUACCGCGAGGUGGAAUCUCCACAGCGGCGGCAACAGAAGCAAGAUUAUCGACAAGGAAAAGGCCUGAAGAGAAUCAACUUGAGGCUGUUGGGUGAUUCUGCUGCAACAUUUGAGACCCAAAGGUGUAUCGAUUCAUCGCCUGCAUUCGGUCAUGUUGAAGCUAUUUCAGCAAAAAGACAAAGAUCAAGAGGUGUAAAGAUGAAGCUACAAGCCUGAAAGCGAGGCUGAACAUGGUGAAGGCCAAGGUAGGAGGAGGCAUGCGAUUCUUGCAAAUGGGCACUUUGCAUCAGGUUUCGAAACAUUGCUGCUUGGAAGGCUGGAGAAGUGGAAGACAAUGUCUGGUUGGGGGUAGAAGAUUGAAGUGCAUGAUGCAUCAAAGGAACACAAGCAUGACCAACUCCCACAGCCAUGCCUGGCAUAGAUUGUUGUGCACCUGGAAGCAUCAUCUGCGCCAUGCGACCUCCCAUCCACAUCAUCUAUUUCAUGGAUCACAGUAUGCAAAAGAUCACAUUACUGGUGUACAAGUCCUGUGUCAUGGCAUCAUCAUUUUGUCAAACCUGAACUUGCAGUUGCAGUGACUUCAAGUAUUCAAUUGCCUCAUCCAGCAUUGAUGCUUUGUCCGUCUGAGAAUUUUAAAUGUACAACAUAAUCAGAAUUCAUAUUGGAAAAUUUCACCAUUA